CGCUGCGGAAUUUUGGGAUCAGCCUCGUUCUGCCGACGACCAUGCCUCACUCUCCUUUCCUCCUGGCAUAAUAUCUGGCUUGUAAUCUCCUCGUCUGCUUGAGCAGAUACUGAAAUGGGUGCUCGUCUGGACAACCGAGGGUCCAUUGCAAUAUCACAAGAGCCAGACUGAUCGGCCGGCGCACUUUAUCCCCGCCUCCCUCCUCCGAACCGUUAAAGACGACAACCCGACCGCCAAAAUGCAGGGCUUCAACAUGGGCCGCUACGUCCCUCCGGACCUGGAGGGCGUGGUCUCCUUCAACACCGCCUCGGGCAAGGGUCACGCGCUGGGCUCGCGCGCGCGCAAGCUCAAGACCGAAGGCGUCCUGACCGUUCGCUUCGAGUGCCCGUUCGCCAUCUGGUGCACGCACUGCCGGCCCGAGCAGCUCAUCGGGCAAGGCGUGCGGUUCAAUGCCGAGAAGAAGAAGGUGGGCAACUACUUCUCCACGCCGAUCUGGAGUUUCCGCUUCAAGCACGCCGCCUGCGGCGGCUGGGUGGAGGUCCGCACGGAUCCCAAGAACGCCGAGUACGUGGUCGUCGAGGGCGGGCGGCGGAGGGACACGGGCGCCGACAAGCUCCUGGACGGCGAGAUCCAGAUCACCGGCGGCGGGGUGACCGAGGAGGACAAAGAGCGGCUGGAGCGCAACGGCGGGUUCGGCGCGCUGGAGAAGAAGAUCCAGGACAAGACGCUGUUUGAUUCUCAGAAGGAGAGACUCGAGAGUCUCCUCAAGGCCAGCGAGCGCGACUGGGCGGACCCGUACGAGCGGAGUAAACGCCUCCGCGCCGAGUUUCGCGUGGGCAGGCGGAAGAGACAGGCCGACGAAAAGUCCGGGGAGGCGUUGAAGGAGAAGUUCGGGCUGGAGCUGGACAUGGUGGGCGAAGAUGCCGAGGACGGCGAGAGGGCCAAAUUUGUCGAGUUUGGUGACCAUGCCGCUGAGCUGUCGUCGUCGACGAGCUCGAGGAAGCCCAUGUUUAGCACUGCUCUCAACACUGGGCCGUUGAUUCCCCUAUCUAUUUCCACCCCCUCAUCCUCCUCUCGGUCGAAGUCCAGCACCGCCGCGAAGUCGGACCACAAAAAGGAAAUACUGCAAAGCACGCUACGAAGCAAUACGAGGAUCGCGUCCGAUCCUUUCUUGAGAGAGGAAGAUGUCUGGCAGCCUAGAGUCAAACGGAAACGGCCGGACGAAGGGGUGACGGAGCAGAAGCAAGAGAAAGAGAAAGAGACGAAGACAAAAGUGGCAAACAGCACGGCGUUGGUGGUGGGCUAUGAUUCAGAUUCAUCGUGAUACCCCCUGUUCCCAUGCUCGACUUGAUACAUGUCCCAGUCUGGUUUUGGUUCCCGUGCAGAAUAAUCAUACAUUUUGAAACCG